CCGAGAGCCUCCACGACUCCUCCGUGUUGCUUUUUCUUCUCCUCAUUAUCUUGUUGACGUGGCUCUUACACUCUCAUAUUUAAUUCGGCACUCGUUGCGCCGUGGAUCUGAUAAAUCCGCGGCCCUCCCACUUAUCUCCUUCCCUCCGCCUGCUCCGCCUAUCCGCCGUCUCCCCCCCUCCACUCCAAAAAAAGAAAAAAAAAGCUCCCACCGCCGGCUUUCGCUUCUCCUCCCUCUCUACGACUGUACUCGAUAACCAAUCUAUCGACACUCGGAAUUUAUUACUUGCCUUCUGCAGCGUGCUGCUCUUCGGCAUCCCUGCAAUGGUCCAAGCAACGGGCGAAGAGCGCGCUGUUCACCUGGCACGGGAGGCUGUCGAGCUAUUUGACGCUGGCCACCGCGAGGCUGCGUCUCGUAAUCUUAGAGAAGCGCUCUCUAUUACAAGGGACAACCCCGACGUGAAAGCCGCUUUUCUUAAAAUCCAGCAAGAAGAAGAAAGUGGCCACCCGCUCCUCGACCUCUGCCGUCGUUACACAACCCGCAAGGAUGAGACUGCCGGAAAGGAGGCCGCCGCAUAUCUCCGCACAGAUGGCUUGAAGCCUCCAGAGAAUGUGGCGCUGGAGUCGCUGAAACUUCUAUUGGACCAGCGGGCGCAUGCCUUGUCAGAGCUUCAGGAUGAAAUCAUCUCGGGGCUCGUACGCCAGAACGCCAGCGUGCGCCAAUACUUUUCCAAUCAACUCCAGAUAUCCGUGACGACUUUUUUUGACGAGAUCUACGACCGCGGUGAUGGUGCAGCAGUAUGUCUGGACACGGUGGUUUUGGACCCCAAAGUGUGGCCGUCCGAGGACACACGUUUACACUGCGAGAGUGAGCUUUUCCAGCUUUUCUUGGCUAAGCUGAUGGAAUCUGGCCAUGAUCUGGAUGGCCGUGCUUUGAAAGGCAUCACCCGAUUACUCGCGGUCGAUGCGGGUCGCCUGAAACAUCUAGUUGAUGACGAUGUAUUCGAAGUCAUCCUGACGUCGCUCGACAACCGACUCCCGCUCGAGCUGCGUAGCCAAGCGACUUUGGCUACCGCAAAGUACCUAGAGGUCUCGAAGGAAUCCGGCGAAACGCAAUUCUCGGCAUUGAUCUCUGCAAUGAUCGGCAAGGGUCGUUUGAACGAUCUGAUCAUUGCGUUCUCUGCGGUGGCUGCUGUCUUCCCAGUGGUUCCCACUGCAGCGGCGAACGUCUUCUUGUCCGAGGAUUUCAUGAAUGCAUUGGCUCCUCUGGCGACUCGAGAUGCGACGCGCAAGAAGGUGGAGGUCUCUAUCUUGGAGCUGCUGAACGCAGCAUGCAUCAACCGUCCCUGCCGGGAAGCGGUAGCUAAAAGAUUCUCGGAAUGGCUUUCACACACCUUGACCAACGGCAGUGACGAAGGCUCAGAGCUGGCAGCGGUGGUUUUGGCGAAGAUUCGUGCUUCGGAAACCAUCCAGUCCUCUACCAAGAACGGUGAGGCCCAGGAGGAGAAAACGGGAGUCACCGACUUGGUGCAACGAUUCAAGGGACUAAUGUCUGAACCCAAGGUUGAAAAUAUUUCGCAUGCCAUCGAGGGCUUGGCCUACUCGUCGGUGCAGCCUUCCGUCAAGGAGCAGCUGGCCAAAGACCCUACCUUUAUGCGCGACCUGAUUAGCGUUCUGAAACAACACACGACCGACUCCUCCGUGCUCUACGGUGGCUUGAUGAUCACUCUGAACCUCACCAAAUUCCUUCCCAAUCUUUCCGACGAGCAAAAAAAGAUGUCACAGCUGAAGAAUUACGCGGACGCUUCUACCGGCAAGGCGCGAGCUUCUACCGAUCCGCGAGAUGCCGAUGAUGUGGUAUUGGAACGUUGCGGUAUUGUUAUUGAUAAUGGAGUCAUGGCCCUCCUGGUGGACUGUGGCCGGGUUGCUUUGCCUUCGACCAACGACCUCACUGCUAAGAUACUGUUGGCCCUGGCACGGCGGCCGAAGUCACGAGGAACUUUGGCCCAACAGGGUGCCAUCAAACUCCUGCUGGGUCUGUCGAUUCCUCAGCAAGGCCAGCCCGUCGGCCACACCGAAACGACCCACAAUGCAUCGCAUGCGCUGGCCCGGAUCCUCAUCUCAGUCGACCCUUCACAUGUCUUCCCGUCGACUGGCUUCCCUCAGGCGACCUCCCCCGUACGUCCUUUGCUUUCCCUCCUGGCCGCUCCGGAGGGUGCUACGAUCUCUGUGGACCAACCCCGCGACCUCUUACCCGUGUUUGAAAGCUUGCUUGCUCUGACCAACCUUGCUUCUUAUCCACGGGAUGAUGCCCCAGCCGAAUUGAUCGUGCGCGAAGGCUGGUCGGUCAUCGAAGAACUGCUCUUGUCUAGUAACUCUCGUGUGCAGCGGGCUGCCUGCGAACUGGUUUGCAACCUGAUGACCUGUGAAUCAGGCAUCAUCAAAUUCGCCGAUGCUACCAAGCGGGCCUCGCAGCGACUUCACAUCAUGCUUGCGCUUACCGAUGCGGACGACAUGGCCACCCGGCGAGCAGCAGGUGGCGCGAUCGCCAUGCUUACCGAGUACGAUGCGGCAGUGGCGGCAGUGUUGGAGCGCCCGCGGGGAGUGGAAUUGUUGCUGGGCCUGUGCCAGGAGGAGGAUGACGCUCUGGUUCACCGGGGGGUGGUUUGCGUGCACAACCUCACCACGGCAUCCGGUGACAUUGGAGCUCGCGCCAAAACCGCCGUUCAAGCUGCCGGGGGUAUUGAUAUUUUGACCACGUGCCUCAAGAAAACGUCCAACCCCGCAGUGUUGCAGACCGGCGUGGAGGCAUUGAAGCCGCUUGUGCAACCGCAAGCGUAAUGAUCCUUCCAUGACCGUUUUCUUUUCUUCUUGCACCCGGGGCUCUCUGGCAGAGCGUUGAAGGCGCUAGCACUUGCAUUAACAAUUCGCAUAUACAGGGAAUUUGGGAUCUGGGGUCCGACCAAGGGAAUGCCCGCUGGAGUUCAUCUUUUUUUUUUGCUGGGAUUUUUGUUCUGGCCUUUUGGGAGGGGGUCGAUACCCAUCCCCACUACUUCAACCCACGAGCACUAUUACCGAGUUAAGCGAUCGGUUUCUUCUUCCGUCCUUCCGUUUUGCUUCUUUGGUUUUUCCUUAAUAUUUCUUUUUUGAUCUCUCCGGGACUAUGCCGGAUAUGAGAGGCGUUGGGAAUUGGGUCGUUACGCGACAUCUUUGCUUUGAUCCAUUACGGCAGCCAUAGAGAGUAUGAACCGCCAGAUCCAUUCUGGUUUUAUGAGCUAUAUACAAAGUACAC